CGGAAAACGGCGGUGCCGCGUGCCGCUCCAAAGGUUUCGCGGACCGGUUCCGAGAAUACGCGCGCACGCGGGAAAACCCACGGCGGAAACUCGUAAAAUCUCUCGCGGAACCGAUUUUCGCAUCGUUUCGCAAUACCGUGCAGAACAUUACCCACAGUAUAACGUUGGUCGCUAAUUAUAAAAAAAUAAUAAAGAACAAAAUAAAAUAAAUAAUAACAAAAACAAACAUCGUUUGACAAGUUAAGCGACGAACCGGUACGGUGAGGCAUGACAUCGGCUCUGAUAAAGGUCGACUUUGCACUCCCCAAAGAUUCUACCGUCAGAAUUAAGACCGGAAGUUGCGGCGCGCGUCCUGCAUACUCAUCAUUAAUUCGCGAAUCGGCCAGGAUGGGUUACGAAACCGCGCAAUUGUAAUUACGGUAACAGUCACGUUACCUGGCAAAAGUGCUAUUGUUCGCGUACAAUGGGGCUAGAUUUUAGCCCGUCAACACGUCCCCGACGGAGAUAUCUUGCCGAAAGCACUGCGAAAUCGGUCGAAAGUGAAAUAAAAGUUGAGAAUUAUUGAACGCAUGUCAAGAUAAAUCAUAAUUUUUUUCACGAAAUCCAACGUAGCAUUGUGAAAUAUAAGGAACGUCAAGUUCUCAGAGAAAUAAGCUGCAAAGGAGAAUACUACCUAGAACGUGUAUUUAAAUUACGCCGACUGCGUAAUGACAGAUAAGACAGUUUGCCCGUCAGUAAUUAUGAUAAACUUAUCUUCGGAAAUGGGACGUGUCAUUUGAACGUAUGUAAAUACACGAUUGCAUAAUGCAGUGACUAACACAGUUGAUAUUACGUGUAUGCCGAUAAAUUUCUGUCAAAUGUGUAAAUAUAUAUGUAUUUUAGCAUAGAAAAGGCGAAGUAUACAUUGUAUAAAUAAUAUUUCAGACCUUUGAUCCGCAUCCGCGGAAACAUCGUGGCCGACUUGACGCGCGAAUAACGGCGUUGCUUCUCGCGAUGCGAACGCGAGAGCGACUUGUGGAUCGUCGUCGUGCGCGAUCAAAUGUUAGGUGAAUGUUACCGGGAGUGAGCGAAACUCGGCAAGAAGGAUGGCGGUGAGACAUUACGCGCAUCAGUACACGGUGCAGCUAACGGACGAGAAAAUCACUGGUGGAAAUGUCAGCAGUGAGAACAGCGACGCGGAGGAUUACUAUCCGUUAAUCCACCGCAGCGCAAACGGCACGAUGGUUAACGCGGAUGCACGAGCGAAGGAGGCUGACGAGACGAAACUCUGUGACCAAAGAACGAAACCACUGACAACUACAAUCUUCAGCUCAUUCCUCGCGAGUACGACAAAUCCCGUGGACAAAUUUCAUUCCGGGCGAGAGCCGCGUAUACGAAUUUUGCAGAAAAUCACGCGGUAA